CUUUUCCAAUCAGUCCAUUUUAAAAUAAUUUGCUGGGUGGGUGUGUUUGCCCACCUUCUUCGCAUUGACAUUAUUUUGAUUUUAUACAAAACAAUUUUUAUUUUUGGUACGGAAAUGAUUAGAAAAAUAUUGUAAAACCAAAUUUCAGUGAUAAUUGUUUAAUGAAUUUAUUGUAAUCCAAAAAAAGGAGUUUAUUGACUGCGGCUUUUGCAAACGCAAGUGAAAAACAAGCAAUAAGCAAGUGUUGUGAAGUGCUGGCCAAACCGUGGAAAUCUAAAGUAAUUGUUGUCUGCGAAACUUCGUCGGUUUACAGCUACAAAUCUAAAUAAACAAAUUUUAAACUAUUCUGCAAGAAGUGGCAUAUCGUUUUUUUAUAAAACUGCAAUUAAUUGUGCUUGGUUUCCUUUGGUGUUGGACUAUUACGUGGCGUUUGCAGUGGCUCAGCUGGUGUUGUUUGGUUAACCGGCUUUGCAUGGCAACGACAUUCUGAGAAGGACGAGAAAACUCUGGACAUUAUUGGACAAUAUAAACCUGAGAUAUUCUGCUAAAUACAAAUAGGACUAAACAAACAAAAAAGCGCGCUCAGUUGUUUAUUUUGAGUUUCAACACACACACAUAUAUUGCAAAAGUGCACACAUUAACGAACAAAAAUAAUAUCAUUAACACAAAAAAACGUUAAAAUAAUAAGGAAGCACUAAUUAAAAACAAAAUAAAAAGAAAAAAACUCAAAACUUCCCGCAACACGAACAAAAAAAAAAACAAUUUUAACAAAACAAAUGUACAACAAAUACAAAGAAAACGAACAAAAACAAGAAAUAAGUAUUGCUGAAGGAAGCUACUAAAACGAAGCUCAAGCAAUUAAGCGGCGAAAUUCUUUGCACUCAAAUGAAAGUAUCUCACACACACCCACACACACACGCAGCAGCUUAAAUACAUCACGCAAUUGAACAAACCAGAUUUUUAGUUUAGAAAAAACAACAACAAAAACAAAUAUUAUAUAUAAAUGCAGCGUUAAUUAAGUAGCAAUUAAGCGUACGUUUAAUUGAAUAUUUUGUUUUUGUAAUUUGUGUUUUUUAUUCUGCAAAUAUUCAAAUCGUUUAAGACUCUUUGUUGUUUUUGUGUCUGUACAACGCGUUGUUACUUGCUUUCUUUUUGAAGCUCGACGCAUACGCGUUAUUAAAUUUAAUUAAUAUUAAACUAAAUUUAGCAAUUAAGUGUGUAACAUUUCGUGCUCGAGUUGGUACUAUAAUUUUCUAUAGAACAUACUCACAUAACAUAUAAGCAAACAAAUCAUAAUAAAUUACAACACAACACACACAGUAGCAAUAACAACAACAACAACAAAGUAAAUUUAAUAACACCAACACAACACACACGCACCUGUUAGGCUCGUGAGCGCAUGCGCAAUAAAUCCACAAGGAAUUGAGUGUGUUAUCAAAGUCCGCACACACGCUCACACACAUACAUAUACAAAAGAAACGUUUAAAGCAAGACGCACGCACAAUUGCGUUCUACAGAUGGCCCACGUUGUCGGCGUACCCAAGCGAGAUCCGUGCCAAAAAUGUCAAUUGCCUGUGUUUCUCGCCGAACGCCUAUUGGUCGGCAAGAAAGUCUAUCAUCGCACGUGUCUGAAAUGUGCGCGUUGCGGCUCACAACUGACACCAGGCAGCUUCUAUGAGACCGAGGUGGAUGGCGAGUACUGCUGUGAGACUUGCCCUGACGAGGAGGUGCAAUUGAAUGCGCCCGCUGCUGGUGAAGAACUAGCCGUUGGCGAUGUGCAAUUGCGUCAACCAAGUGCAGAGCAAACACCAACGAGCAGCAGCAGUCUCAAUGCAGCGCUACCGAAGAAUGUGCGUAGCUCCAUAGCCGAUCGGUUGGCGUUCUUCGAACAGUCGAAGAAAGAUGCGGUCGCCAGUGAUAGCAGUGAAGCAGCUACAAGCAGUAAAUUUUUGCUGCAGAAAAGCGUUUCGGACGAAGAAAAGAGUAAGAGUCUGCAACGCAUGGAAGCGCCCACAACAUCGGCAUACAAAAUGAACAGCGCGCUUAGUAGCUUUCUCAAUGACACCAUCGACGGUGAGGGCGAUGACGGCGAGAGUCUAACCAAUACUGUGGACAGUAAAUCAGGCACCGAAACGCAAAUGGAGACCUCAGACACUGAGAAUGAAACCGAUGCCGAGACAAGUUUGGAUGACGUAGCGCCAGCAUUGCCCAAGACCGAACCACCAAAGGUCACGCCGGAGGGUAGUGAUGUUGAGAGAGAGAAAGCGCAGUCACCCACUCCAGAUAAUAGAAGAUUUACAGCUACUGCACAACUACAACUUGGAGCAGCCAACAAGGAAAACAUGGAAAACGUAGAGCCGACUAAAAAGACAACACCGACAAGUAACAGCAGCACUGGCACCCCAGUCGCGAAGAAGCGGACACAGGUGCAGUUGAAUUUGACAGCAGCAAAAACAGCGGAAGACACAGCGGCAGCAGCUCCAACGCCACCGCAAGCACGCGCCGAGCUACAAGCCGACAAUGCCAACAACAAUGGCCAACACAAGGACGCUUCGAAAGAUGUGUCUACAAAAACACCAGAACAAAAAGCGCAAAGCAGCCUAACAGCAACAAAUAAUUUAGUUUUAAGUGAACCUAAUUCUAAUGAAGAUGUUACCAAAGACCAAAAUGCAGCUACAAACGUAAUUGCGGCAGCAACAACCACGACGUCGAAUGCAGAGAAACUCGAGACACUGCGUGCCAACCUCCGCGAAUUGGAUACGGAGAGCGGCACCGAGAAUAUGGACAUGUCCGUGGAGAAGUCUGUUGAAAUGCGCAUAAAGUCACUGGAGUCGCCGGAGGAUGUGGCAACGACCGAACGACUCAGUGUGGUGCGUGCGCGUCUGCAACAAUUCGAAGUAAUUGCAAACAAACGUAAUAAUAACGCUGAGGAGGAGAAGCAAGCCGAUAAUGAUACACGUAAUGAUAAUAAUACAACACUAAACACUGAAGAUAAGCUAAGUGAACCUGAAACCGAUAAUACUAACAUUGAUAAAGAUAAGAAACUAAUGAAUGUGGAUGCUGAGGAGGAGAACAACACGGUUGCGCCGGCUACGCCGCCACCAGCCACGCCCACAAGCAAUGCAGCAAGUGCAACUGAAAGUUUGACUAAAGUAAAUCUCGAAGACGAAGCGAAAUUACGAGCAAUAGAAACGGAGAAGGCUGAUAAAAUUGAAACUAAAGCAAAUGAAAUCAAGGAAUCACUCGUAAAUGAAGUGCCUUUGGAAAUGGAAACAGCAAAAGACAAUAAUAUAGUAUUAGAUGUAAGCGAGCGCGAAGCCAAGCCGGAACCGAAAACACAAGUGGCAGCACCGAGAAUAGAAAUAAGUGCAGCGGAGACUAACGAAGACGCAACAAUGGUGGAUACACAACCAAAACAGGAGACUCCAAACACUGAUGGCGCCACCAAAAUACCAGCAGAUGCAUCCAGCAAGGCCCCCGAAGCCACUACAGCCGAAAAUCUGGCAACUACACCUAGCAAAGUUAGCACCGUAGCAUAUCCUGAAGACUUAAAUCCCUUCAAAUCCGAGGACGAAGAUGACGAAUGCGUGGCGAACAAGGAAACCCUACAAAAACAACAAGUGGCGCUAAGAACACCACAACCGCGUGCUGUCAGCAACAGCAGCGCAGUCGCCAAAUCAGCAGAGAAGACGCAAAAUCUGAAUCCUUUCGAUAGUUCCGAUGAUGAGAUUGAGUUGGAGAAGCCAUCAUCACGCACCUCAACGGCCGCUUCUACGCCUACAGGCGGCAAAGUGCCGCCACCGCGUCCACCACCACCGCGCAUAUCGCGCAAUCCAUUCGGCGAAGAGACUGACGAAGAGGCCGCGUCGCAAUUUUCACGUCACUCCAGUUUGUCAUCAUCGCUGACGAAGAAGACGCCCGUGCCCACGCCGCGCACCAAUCUAUCACAAUCACAAAAUCCCACACCGGAACCCACGCCACGUCUCAGCAACAAAUCCGCACAAUCCAUCUCACCGUACAUUCUGCAAAAUUCCAGCGAUUACUAUGGCAGCGCCAAUUCGCUCGGCAGCACACCGCAGAGCCUGCAACGCAACACAGACCUGCGCGGCUCGAAUAACUCCCUCACUUCAUCAGCUGGUGGCACAAUACGUUCGCGCAAAUCACGCAAAGCGCCCGCGCCGCCCACACCGCUCGCCAAGGAGUUAUUCCCCACAGCCACACCACCGCCGCCAUCGGCGACGUCGACCAUCCCAAGCGAUCGCCAGACCGACAGCUCCAAAGCAUCCACACCGAGUUCGAGCACUGUCGGCACACCGAAAAUGAGUCGUAAGAAGCGUCCCGCGCCGGCGCCACCAAAGCCCGCGCGCCUUGAUCCCAGUUUGCUGCCCACAGAAUCGCCCGCAGCACAGCAUACAAACGGUACGGCGCCAAAAAACUCGCUUAAUUACCCUCUGCAAAGUGAAACAUCCGACUCGAAGCUAUCCGACGAAGAGAAAGCAUUGUUGGAGGGUAACAAACAGUUGUCCAUGGACAGCAUGAAGUUGAUGACGACAGCCAACGAUGAUGAGCUGAGCAGCCAGGCCAGUCGGCGCAGCUCACGUCGUAUCAUACCGUUAGAUGCCAGUCUAUUGCUGGACGAUGAUGAACACUUGGACGCGGACGCUAACGCCGAUGGCGACGGCAAGUGUGAUGAUGCGAAACAGAAGCAACAGCUAUUGCGUUAUAGCGAGCAAGAGGAGACGAAUGUCGUGUAUCGGCGUGUCAUUGUGCCGCCCUGCCUAGAGACGCCGACACGCGAGUCCAACUCGCUGCUCGAUGGCGGGCUGCACGAUCGCCAAUUGGAGAAGUUGAAGGACAAUAAAGAGGCGCAGAAUCGCAAUCGGCAAUCACAAAUUUCCGCUUCUUCAGGCGCAGAAGACUGCGACAUCACCACGACGCCAUAUAACAAAUCAGCGCACGGCAAGUGGAAGCGUCGUAAGGGACCAGCGCCAGCAUUGCCCAUACCGCCGCGCAAGGUGUUGCAAAUGUUGCCGCUGCAAGAGAUUCGCCACGAAUUGGACAUAAUCGAAGUGCAGCAACAGGGUCUGGAGAAGCAAGGUGUUAUUUUGGAGAAAAUGAUACGCGAUCGUUGCGAGGGACAAAAUGGUGAACUCUUGGGCGCCAACAGCACAGCGGAAGAUGCGCCAGACGGCAAGAAAACAAGCACAAGUGGCGGGGAGGGUGUGCAGAACUCGAAGGAGGUCGAGGAUCUCAUACUGCAAUUGUUCGAGUUGGUUAACGAGAAGAACGAACUGUUUCGUCGGCAAGCCGAACUCAUGUACCUCCGCCGCCAACAUCGUUUGGAGCAGGAGCAAGCCGAUUUGGAAUAUGAAAUACGCGUGCUGAUGGCGCAACCGGAACGCAAUAAGACGGAUUCGGAUAAAGCGCGUGAAGAAACGCUCAUAGCACGCUUAGUAGAGGUGGUGCAGUUGCGUAAUGAGGUCGUGGAAUGUCUGGAAAUGGAUCGACUGCGCGAAGCCGAAGAAGAUUUGAGUAUUAAACAACGUUUAGAAUUGCAUACCGCGCAGCGUGAAGAAGACACCGAUUCGCGGAAGAUCACAUCCAAACUUUCCAAAAAGGAAAAGAAGAAACAGAAGGAGUCGAAAAAGCUGAGCAAAAGCAAGAAAAUCGAUGCGGACAAGGAUGCUGAUGAAUCCGAACUAAAUAUGGAUAAACAGAAAUUGAAGAAGAAGAAGAAGAAAUUUCUCUUUUAAACAGAAACUGCGAUGAUUUCCGGCCGUUGAAUUGAGCAUAAUUGACUUACAGCCGCUUUGUGAUAAUACAAUGACAAAAUUAUUUUCGAAAACAACUGAUUUUCUUGCGCUAAAAAGCUGAUUUCAAACAAAUUUCCCAAGCUGCAGCGUGUCUAAAAAGAAUGCGACGAACACUUUGCUAGUGAAAUGUCUACACGCUCGUGCAGCCAAUACAAAGAAUUCCAUGCUCGUAAUUUUUAUUUAAAUUUUUCAUUUUCAUUUUUUCAAACAUUCAUUGGCUUUAAUUAAAUUAUAAAUGAAAUGAUGAAUUGAUUUCCAAGUUCUAUUUUUGUAUUCAUUCCUAAACUGAAAUCUCAGCAUUUUCACUUUAAAACACCUGCCUUCAUAAUAUUAUUAUUGUUUUUUUUUAAUACAAAGAAAUGACACACACACACAUACAUAUAUACACACACAGUGUUACUUGCGUAAUGUUAAUUAAAUAUAAGCUUACCUAUACAUAUACAUAUAUAUUAUUAAACAAAUAUUUUGCAUGUAUUAUACUGUUAAAUUAAACUAAACAUAAAAAACAAAUACAAACACACACAUAAUUGCA